GUAGAUUUCAGUCAAAUCAGGAACUAAAAGGAUACUGGGCUCUCCAUCAAGUUAAAAUGUGAUGGAGGUCUGACGGGUAUACGGCACUAAACAGCGUUCACAUUUCUUCAUUUUCAUGUGGAAAUCGAGAGUGGCGGUUUGACCUUUCACCACCCAAAUGAAACUGACCGUGGUCGUCGUCACUCUUAUCUGGGGUGCCAUGUUCUCAAGUCUGCAAUGGACAAUCAUAGGAGUGUUGUACUCAAACAAUUGAGAAUAACGAUAAAACACUCAGUCACAGGCACAGUCAUGAAAGACAACUUUGUAUUUCUGGCUGUGACGUUUUCUUCCAUCAUCAUCAAUUGGCUUUAUGACCUUUUACUGGAACAGACGGAUUGACCUUUGACCACCAGAAAUGACACUAACCUGGUUUACCUGCAUUAUCGCCUGGGGUGGCCUGUUUGCAAGUCUGCAAUGGGUAAAUGCAGCUUCUGGUGCAGAGAGUGCAGACGGAAGGCCGAGGAUGUUGACGAAGUGUAAGGGAGACAAUGUCGUGUUGAACGAAGAAAGUUCAGAAGUUAGCGCCCACGUGUUCGUGUUUCGCAAUGGUGAAUCUGUAGCCAGCACGUCCGUAGCUGCAAAAGGAGACCUGGAGGGGCGACUGCUUGUGGGCGAGGACUCAAGGGUGACGGUAACGAACCUUACGUCCAGUGAUGUCGGGCUGUAUCGCGUGGAGGUGAAACUGUCUGAUGGCAGCGCCACACACCACAGCACGAUCGUGGUGGUCGGAGAACCUCCCGAGACCACCGACAGUCGGCUGACUGCUUUUGUCAACACUUCUGACGACAACUUCAUUCGUCUGAGUUGCGGGGCCUUCAUGUUCUCGGGAUUCCCUCCCGUCUCCGUCAUUUGGAAGGAUCCCGUGGGACAGAUGCUGGCCAGUACAGGAUUCUCAGAAAAGUACUUUACACUAGACUUAGACACAGAAGUUGCCAGACCUGGCCUCUACAGUUGUCAGCUUGACUGCCGUCACCCUAGCAACUGUUGCCUUGAUGACCAGUCUCCUCUCAGACAAUGGGCUAACAUCGAAGUGCAGACAAACAAAGUGAGCGGAGAGAACAAAAAGUCCAGGGAGGAGGACUACGUCCCUGUAGCGAAUUUCUCCAGCCUGGUGCGGCGUGUCCAAGAGUUAGAGGUUGCCAUGACAGCGCAGGACUGCAAGGAGAGUGGCGUGGCCGCCAUGGCUCACCUGGUUCAUCGCCAAGCAAAAUGCGACCAGCUUGACACCUUGAUUGUUCGUCUAAGCGAAACAGAAAAGAAGAUAUCUGACAUGGAGAAUGUGAGCAGGAUCAUAAAACAAAUGCAAGAUGAGCUCAAUCUCGUGAAUCACACUUUAAAAUUGUUUCAGCUGCACAGUGAAGAUGACAUGAAGACAGUUAACCAAUCCUUCAAUAACUUGCGGCUUCAGUCUGAGAAAGAGACGAUGGACAUAAAAGAAAAACUGAAAAAUAUUUUAUCAAAACAGCAGCGAGUAGAAGACAGGAUGUCAACGUUUAAUGAGCGGAUGACACAGGUAAAUGAGACGAUGUCAGAGACAGAUGACCGUAUAUCCAGUCUAACGGAUUGGAGGCUGAAAGAGUCCGACUAUCGUAAUCAGUUAACAGGCAACCUGUCGGCGGUCACUCGGGAUGUGACAGUUCUCAGAACAGAAACACACAAGGAUAUGGCGACAGUGAGAAGCAGGAUAUCAGACAUCGACAACGCCUUGAGUACUCAAGUGAAGAGGUCAGACGCUACUCACUCAGCAAUCUAUGCGAAUCUUUCAUCGCUGACGAGGAUGGCGAAACAACCAGCUUAUGGUGGCUGUCCUGUGGAGAAAGGUUAUGUGCUUUAUAACAAACGAUGUCUGAAGCUGUACACCAUCGGUCAAGACUACCAGACUGCCAGAAGGCGAUGUCAAGCUGACGGAGCUCAUCUCUUUCACUUCAAGUCACGUGAGGAGGACGGCCCGCCAUUGCUGAUGCUGAUGGACACGAACGGUCAACAGAUAAAUCCAAAAUUAGGCCAAGGUCUGUGGAUUGGAGCAGACGACAUUGUAACCGAGGGUAACUUCCUGUGGAGCGACGGCACCCCCUUGAUAAGAGGUUCCCCACUGUGGUCCAGUGGCCAGCCGGACGACGCUGGGAGAGCCGAAGACUGUGUUGAGAUCGCCUACCCAAAUAAUUUCGUUCUUAACGACUUUCAGUGUGUGUUUAAGCUGUCGUUUGUUUGUCAGGCAGACGUUAACAUGUAGGGAACGACCGACAGCUUGUUGUCAAUAAGAGCGCCUCACUAAAGUUUUGCAUGAUGUUUGUACUUUUUGGUUUUUGCUUCAUUAGGCGAUUAUAGAAGUUUUAUUAUCAUUUAAAUACCAUGCUCGAUAACAACAAAUGUUUUUUCUAGACUGCCAAAGAUAGUAUAAGCUGUUACCUUCCCUGAGUAGUUCCGCCUAUAAAGAUAGGUCCUCCACCCACUGACCACCAGAGUUUCGUCUAUUUAUUACCUAAUGUCAUUACUUGGUUCAGUGUAAUUCUCUCACCAGUCAGUAUUCACUGUCUUAUAAUCUUACAGUCGGUACAUUGAUGUUGUCUUUGUCCCUAUCGUCACUUGUAUCCUCACGUUUGCUUUGGUCGAGAUUAUCUUCCGCUUGAGAAGACUGUCAUAUUACGCAUGGAUAUUGAAGUCGUACUUUUAAUCUUGUUUUGCACAUAACACGUAUACAGAAGAUUACAUUGGAUUUCAGCUUUGAAAUCUGUAAAACUUCAAACCCUGAUAAAAUGAUGUAUUUGCAAUAUGAGGCAGAACUGUACGAUGGAAGCUGAUCGGCUUAUGGUGGUUAGGGCGUCUUAGAGUUUAUUUUCCACGAUUUUUCAUAAAUCUGUCAGACUGCUAGUUUAUCUGAAUCCUGUGACUGUCUCUCUCGCUUUUAGUGUUGUUCAGUCAACUCAUUCAUGCCUGCAGAAUUGAGGGUGUUAGUUUUAAUUCCAUCUGAGAGUUGACUUUUUCCCAUUGAAAGUCGCAAUCCCCAGUAAUCACACUUAGAAGUUAUCUUCGCUUAUUUUUAGUUAUAUUCUCUGGCACACAAUAUCACUCUGCAAAAGUGCACACUUCUAGGGCCGUAGUUCUGAAGUGCGAUUGCUUUUCUUUGGGCAAAAUGGGGAACUGCAGGAAAUAUAUCUUGUUUUCAUAGUUACAAUGCGACAUGGUCCCGGCGGACACCAUUUCCUGUUUCAAUACACCAGGGUGACUUUGUUACCGCUGUGUAAAUUCUGCUCCUGGUGUAAAACAACAUCUAAGAACUCUGGAUAGCUAUCUACAACUUUGGAAACAAGACGACUUUCCUUACGUUCCUUACGUUAGCUCAGGGUAACGACACACUCUCGAUAUAUAACUACGGCCCAUGAAAGUGUUUGUGUCCUUGGAGAACAGAGCAGUUGAAAUACAUCCUGCAUGUUUAGUGCAUUCAUGUACCCAGCUAAAUAUAUCAAAUAUAACCUUAUUAAUCCCAUUUUAUAAUUUGAAACAAUGAGGUCUGUUACGAAACUAAACAAAACAGAACGAUUUUAAUUUACAAGAAAAGACAAAUAGUGUAUUGUGGUAAAACGUGUGAGAUAAAACAAACGAAACAUUACAUCUAAAUCCGUUAAGAGACACCUACAACAUGUCACAAUCACACAUCUUGAGAGGUAAAUUUCUGUUUGAGGAGUCGGCAGGUAAAAAAGUCGUUUAUGAAUGUAUCAUAAUAUAAAAUUCAUUAAUACUGGACAUUUUGUUGGUGGGUAUGAAAAUUAGAAAAUUUAACUGAGUGACUCAUUCAAAUAGUCUUAAGUGGUGACAUGAAACAACACACGUACACGCACACGCACACGCAUACACGUACUUUCAAAAUUUUAUCUACUUGGCAGAGACUAUCUUUUCACCUCAAAUCUCAGUUAAUUUGCGGGAAGCUGCAAAGUCCACAGAAAAUCUUCAUUGGUUACUUUUGCAGAUACAUAUGAAAUAAACAAUAUUUAUGUUUUCGCAAAAA